AUGUCGUCAUAUUAUUUUGCAAUCAUUGGCACGCGAGACAACCCGAUCUACGAGUUGGAGCUUUCCUCUUUCAAAUCGUCUGCCAAGAUUGUCCCUGGCGAGUCUCAGUUCUCGCCCAAAAUCAAGGAACUUCUACCGUUCAUCACCAACUCGUCUCUUGAUUUGAUUGAAGACGCCCAAUGGACCACCGGAAGCUUCCAUUUGGGCAAGGUUGAUGCCUUCUAUGGACUCCAGGUCAGUGCAUUCAUAACACAAGGUAACAUCAAGUUUGUACUAUGCUAUGACUCGGUAGGAAAUGUCGACUCUGCCCUUUCAGGCAGUAAACACGAUGAUGGAGUUAUCAAGCAAUUUUUCGUCGAGACUUAUGACUACUACGUGAAAGCAUUGCUAAAUCCUUUCUACUCAGUUAACGACUCUUUGGUGUCGCCUGACUUUGACUAUCGAAUUAAGUCUUUAGCUAGAAAGUACCUUUAG